AUGGUGCAGUUGCCGGAUGAGAUUUUAGAAGAGGUUCUUUGUCGAUUGCCUGUUAAGUAUCUGCUAUGUUUCAGAUGUGUAUCUAAAUCCUGGCUUGCCCUAAUCAGUAGCCCUUAUUUCGUCAAAUUGCAUCUCAAACAAUCAGUACAAGCGAAUACCACUAUUAACCUCUUCCAAAGGAACUUCAAUCUCUUUCGGGUGGAUCUUGAUUCCCUCCAUGACGGCGAUCUUAUUGGACUGAUUAAGAUCAAUUCCAUUCCAUAUAGGUUUCGAAAUCUUGGACUUAUGUCUACCUUUUCCUGUGAUGGCAUGAUUUGCAUGUCAAAUGUCAAAAAUGCCUUUUUGUGGAAUCCAUCAACCCGAAAGGCUAUAAAACUGCCAUAUGAAUCGAUUGAUCUUACAAUUCAUUUAGGUUUUACGAAAACCACUUGUGAUUAUCGAAUCGGUUACGAUAAUAUGAAUGACGAUUACAAGGUGGUGAGAAUUGUGGUGUUGCAAGAUCUUGAUGUUGGUGUCAUCGAUUACGAGAUUAAGAUUAAUUCACCCUAUACACUUGCGUUGAAAGUCUCGUCGUCUCUUUCGAUGUUCCAGCAACAGAUACACAAACAGGGGGAAGUGGUGUGUAAAAUGGCUGUCCGAGAAGAUAAUGUCGGAGUAAUGUUUUAA